AUGCCCGCCCCAGCCCCUUUACCUAAACGUCCAAUUCUAAGCCUACCUUUCCUCCUUCCAUUCUGUUCCGAAUCCACCGUUUUGGCCCAAAGGAAUCAAUCAACAUACCGUCGCUUAAAACAACGCUUACGGGCCAAACCAGAGGCGUCCUUUAGCCAAUCUCCGACUCAAGAAUAUAAUCACAUCGUCUACAACCCCCCUUCAAGCGCGCCCUCUGUUUACCGCACACCAACCAAGUUCCUCCCGCCCAACGAUAUCCGACGGAAAUUGCGCUCUGAGUCCGAUUUCGAUAUUACCAGCACACCCCACAGUCUUCCCCUUGUGUCCAAACGUUCAUCUCCAAAGAAAAAUAUCUUGACGGCUAAGGAAGUGGAUGAAAUUCGUCAGCUCCGGCUGAAAGAUCCAGUGACAUGGAGCCGGGGGAAUUUGGCCCGCCGCUUUGGCUGCAACACCCUUUUUGUUGCAAUGGUAUGUGAAGCGAGUGCGGAGAAGAAGGCGAUCCAGAAGCAAGUUCUUGAAGCUGUCAAAUCGCGCUGGGGAAUCAAGCGAACAAUUGCGCGCGAGGACCGUCAGCUGCGGAAAGAGGUUUUAGCAAGAGAUCAAUGA